AUGACAUUUUCGGGGUUACCUUGCUUCGGCAGGCACUCCGAUCUCGUCCGGGGCCAGAGCCCCCGAAGCAGCCCGGGCACCGUCACCCCAUUUAAAAAGAAACGCUUCGGAACAUCCACCAGGGUUUCCCCUGGCUUCAGUCCGGGCCAAAGCAUAGUGUCACUAGCUUGCGGGGUGCCCAACAGCGUGCUCGGGGGGUACCCGCCGACACAUCCGGCCGCACGAGCCCGCCGAGGCGGCGGGGGCGACCGGUCGUCAUGGCGAGUCCCGGACCUGCGCCCCCCCCGCCCGGCACCCGGUACGGGUCGGGAGGAAGUUACCGACUCUUUGCACGCCGCGAAGGCCACGCGGGGGAGAGGGAAAGGGAAAAGCGCGGGAGCCAGCGCAUUAGGCUCGACCGCGGACUCGGAACCAGUCCCCCGUUCCCCGGCAGGCCCCGGAUGGAUGAAGACCGUCGGGGGGGCAACAAGACGAGGGCACCGGGGGAUUCCCCGGACGGUGCGCGAUGGAAAAAAACGCCCCCCGCCCAACGAGGAGCGGAGGAACACGAAAGCGCCGCCGGUUCCUUACCAGGACCCGGGGCCUCAGACGCCCGUGUGUCCCAACGCGGUCGCGGCGACCGUACGGCGGGGGGGAAGAUCGCCCGCCGGUCCGCCGGGGCAGGCGGCGGGGGCCGCUCCCCGCGUUGGCCCUUCGGACGAGGCCUCCGGAACGGUGAAGUCGCCACGCCCGCUUGCCGUCUCCCGGCAGGCCGACGAAACUGAUGAAUCCCCCCAGUUCGAUCUUCGAAUAUUCCGCCCGUGUUGCGGUUUCAGGCAACCCGACUCUAAGGAGAGGCCCGUUCCGCACUCCCACGAAACCCCCCCUCCCGCGAACGAGGAUGAGGGAAGUCCUUUCCGCCACACGGGCCUGACACCCUCCGGGCUUGGACACCUUUCCGUCGACCCGAGGGCGCUGUGGCCGCCGCCGAGGCUGCGGGGUCUAGCGGCUCCAAGGGGGCGCCAGGCAGUCCGGUGCCCUCACUAG